CCGACGGGCCAAAUCCAAAAUGGGGACGGGGAGAGAUGCGUGUUGCAGUUCCCGGCGUAAAUGAUAUGAUCUGCAAAUUGCGAAAAUGAAUUGAUGAUGACAAGUCCUUUAUCAUCAUCAUCAUCAUCUUAUAUAUAACAAAACAAACAAACAAGUUGAGAGAAAUUUGAUUCAUAGCUGCUGCUGCUCUCGAGCUUCCGAGCUUAGCUUGAGAUCUCGAGUGUCCUCUGAUGGCUUCUUCUGAUUCUUCUUCUAUUAAACCACGAGAUGUAUGUAUAGUUGGUGUGGCUCGUACCCCCAUGGGCGGUUUCCUUGCUUCUCUCUCGUCUCUCUCAGCAACCCGCCUCGGCUCUAUUGCCAUUCACUGUGCUCUUAAGAGAGCAAGUGUGGACCCCUCCCUUGUCCAAGAGGUCUUCUUUGGCAAUGUCCUUAGCGCCAAUUUGGGCCAAGCUCCUGCCAGACAGGCUGCUUUAGGUGCCGGCAUUCCCAACUCCGUCGUCUGCACCACCAUCAACAAAGUCUGUUCGUCCGGCAUGAAAGCCGCUAUGAUCGCUGCACAAACCAUCCAGCUUGGUCAUAAUGAUAUCGUUGUAGCUGGUGGCAUGGAAAGCAUGUCCAAUGCUCCCAAGUAUCUACCAAAUGCCAGACAGGGAUCACGGUUAGGACAUGAUAAUAUUGUUGACGGCAUGCUUAAGGAUGGCUUGUGGGAUGUUUACAAUGACUUUGGAAUGGGAGUUUGUGCAGAAUUAUGCGCUGAUAAAUACUCCAUAUCCAGGGAACAGCAGGAUGAUUAUGCUAUACGAAGUUUUGAGCGUGGAAUUGCUGCACAAGAUGCUGGUCUCUUUGCAUGGGAAAUAGCUCCGGUUGAAAUUCCUGGGGGGAGAGGAAAGCCUUCCUCAAUUGUUGACAAGGAUGAUGGUUUACAACAGUUUGAUUCUGCAAAAUUGAGAAAGCUUCGACCAAGUUUUAAGAAGAGUGGGGGUUCAGUUACUGCUGGCAACGCUUCUAUAAUAAGUGAUGGUGCAGCUGCAUUAGUCCUAGUGAGUGGGAAGAAGGCACUUGAACUUGGGUUACAAGUAAUUGCUAAGAUUAAGGGAUUUGCUGAUGCAGCUCAGGCACCUGAGUUAUUUACAACUGCUCCGGCCCUUGCAAUACCAAGGGCUAUUUCAAAUGCUGGUUUGGAGGCUUCUCAGAUUGAUUACUAUGAGAUAAACGAGGCAUUUGCUGUGGUGGCUCUUGCCAAUCAAAAGCUCCUUGGCCUUAAUCCUGAGAAAGUUAAUGCCCAUGGUGGAGCUGUAUCUUUGGGACAUCCAUUGGGAUGCAGUGGAGCUCGUAUCUUGGUUACUUUAUUAGGGGUAUUGAGGCAGAAACAUGGGAGGUAUGGGGUUGGUGGUAUCUGCAAUGGCGGAGGUGGUGCAUCUGCCUUGGUACUUGAGCUCAUGCCAGUUGCGAGAGUGAGACCUUCCAGGUUAUGAUAAUUUUGUGUUAAAUCAUUUCGUUUUGCCUUCAACUUUGUAGCUCAAUAAACGGUCUGUGUUAGACAUUACUAUGAUAUACUUUACCUUGAAUAGAAGGGAGCUGAGCCAGAUGUUAUGGCGAGAUGUAGUCAGGAACACAUUUGUACUACAUGUAAUACCAGAUUACUGAUAAAGAGUGCCAUGAUUUCUCUUCUAA